CAUAAUUCAUUCGUUGCUUGCCAUAAACGAAAACAGAAACAUCAGAUUACGACCAUGGCGGACCCCUUAAGUUUACUUAGGCAAUAUAACGUGAAUAAAAAGGAUAUAAUCGAAAGAGAUGGCCAAAUUAUCUUUGGAGAAUUCUCCUGGCCUAAAAAUGUCAAGACGAACUAUCUUAUGUAUGGAUGUGGAAAGGACGGCGCAGCAAAAGAAUACUACACACUAGAGUGCUUACUAUUCUUUCUCAAGCACGUGACUCUCACCCAUCCGGUGUAUGUACGCCAAGCGGCGGCUGAAAGUAUCCCAGUAGUGAGACGUCCAGACCGAAAGGAGCUACUGGCCUAUUUAAAUGGAGAAACUGCGAGCUGUGGGGCUAUCGACAAGGGCGCUCCAUUGGAACUCCCCACACAAGUCAAAAGAUCCGCGGAUUACGAUGGCUUAGAGAGCAUCUCGAAGAAACCCCGGUUUGAGGACACACACGUGCAAAAAGUGCGAGAAAAAUAUGCCGCACGUCUGGAUACGCCAAAAGAAGCCUCCGUGACUGUGGACAACAUCAAGUCGCUCUCAGAGGCAAUGUCUGUUGAGAAGAUCGCUGCCAUUAAAGCAAAGCGUUUGGCUAAGAAAAGGAAUACCAUCAAAGGUAUCGAUGAUAUUGGACAGGAGUACGACAUCAGGGCCAUUCUGGAUUUGGACGUGGACAUAACAAAGGAUAUUAUAAGCAGGGAAAGGCAAUGGCGUACUAGAACCACAAUUCUGCAAAGCACAGGAAAGCACUUUGCCAAGAACAUCCUGGCCAUGCUGCAAAGCAUACAGGCAAGGGAAGAAGGUCGGCAAAGGCCUCAGCCAGUUCUGCCGCCUAUAACAACGCCCCGCCCAGCAAUCCCACGUCCGAUUCCGGCCCAGCAGUCCGCAUACAAUCGUUACGAUCAAGAGCGAUUCAAUCGGCAAAAAGAGGAGACUGAAGGCUUCAAAAUCGACACCAUGGGCACUUACCAUGGGAUGACUUUAAAAUCUGUCACUGAGGGCCAACCAAAGACUCGCCCUCAACAGCCUGUUAGUCAGGCGCCCCAAACUCCGUUGCCGGUGAGCCAAGCAAGGCCACCUCCAGGUGGGAUGCAAAAGCGGGUGUCCAGGACCCCGAUUAUCAUAAUCCCAGCUGGUGCAAACUGCUUGAUAUCCAUGUACAACGUCAAAGAUAUCCUCCAGGAAAUGAAGUUUGUCACCCAAGAGCAGAAGAGAGGUCAAGGAGGAAAGCGAGAUAAUGAAGUGCUGAUUCAGCGCCAAAAGAACGGUCAAACUGUUCCCUAUAGAGUAGUGGAUAACCCGACCAAGUUAAGUCCUAGCGAUUGGGACCGAGUCGUGGCAGUGUUCGUGAUGGGGCCAGCCUGGCAGUUUAAAGGGUACCCUUGGGAAUCUCCCGUAGAAAUAUUCGAUAAAAUCGCCGCUUUCCACGUGAAGUAUGACGAAAUGAAACUGGAACCCAAUGUCGCAAAAUGGAACGUGACCGUAAUUCAGCUGUCCAGAACGAAACGGCAUUUGGAUAGAGCUCAACUGAUGGUGUUUUGGGAAAAAUUGGACAAGCAUAUCAUGCAACACAAGCCACAUCUGCGAUUUUAAUGGGCUGAAACGUUUCAGUCACUACCACCUGUAUAAAGAUCCAUGCCUCAUUUGUAUAUAGCUCGCCUUCGGAAUAAAUACUUUAUUUCACA